AUGAGUAUCUUCUUGGCCUCGGACCUGCUGGUAACCUCCGAUUCAUAUCAAGCCAAUCCGAAGGGGAAUCGUUCGGAGAAACUGAAGGAAAAGCUGUUCGUUCACGCACAAGAACCGAUUAGUGCAUGCGACGAGGAAGAACGCAACUCUGAAAUAUGUGCCCCGGACCGGCCAAUUCACAGCUGCUCGUACUGUGAUGAAACCAAUCAUCAAAUAUCCAAUUGCCAGCCUUUCAAAUCGCUUCCAGUUGACGCUCGCUGGAAAUCUGUUCGGACGAAGAACCUCUGCAGAACGUGCUUGGUGCCACACCGCAGGUGGCCGUGUCGCUCAAAAAAGGAAUGUGGUCUUGAAGGUUGUCGGGCGCGUCACCAUCAACUGCUACACGCACAGCACCUGGAACAAACAUCCCCAGCUGCAAACGAUGUCGUACAAGCUCAUCAGAAUCAUCAUCGGAGCCAGUCGUUUUCACUGUUUCGCUACGUGCCAGUGAAGCUGUCCGGAAAUGGUAAAAUUGUCGACACCUUUGCCUUCCUGGACGAAGGAUCGAGUUCAACACUACUUGAAGCCAAAAUCGCUGAGCAGCUGGGAAUGGAUGGGCCGUCUUCACCUUUGUGGCUCUCUUGGACCGGCAACAUCUACAGUUCGAAGAAAAGCUACACCAUCGAUAACGUUCUAACUGUUGAUGAGCUGCACCUGCCUCAACAGUCAUUCGACUAUGAGAGUCUUGCCGAACAAUAUCCACAUUUGGCCGGCCUCCCGCUCCAAAGCUACUCGGAGAUCACUCCUCGGAUGAUUAUUGGAUUGGAGCACGUACGGCUACUCACAUCACUGAAAAUGCGCGAAGGAAACGGAGGACCAGUGGCCGUUAAAACCCGAUUAGGAUGGUGUGCUUUUGGGAAAGAAUCGGAUGGACGGCAUUUAACAGCACAGUUGAAUCUCCACUUCCACGAAACUAUGAGCAAUGAGGCACUACACGAUAUCAUGAAAUGUUAUUUCGCCGUAGAAGAGAGCGCAGUAUCAACGAAACCGGAAGCAGAAGACGACAGACGCGCAGUACAAAUCCUGGAGCAAACCACGAUCCGGCAUGGAAACCGAUACGAGACAGGACUGCUAUGGAAGAUCGAGAAUCCUGUGCUACCUGACAGUCUGCCUAUGGCCAAAAGCCGGCUGAAGAGUUUGGAAAAACGUCUGGAACGGGAUCCUGAACUUAGUUCAAAUGUGCAACGACAGAUCGAAGGUUACAUUGCGAAGGGCUAUGCACACAAGGCGACAACUGAAGAACUCCAGAAAACAGAUCCCCGGCACGUGUGGUAUUUGCCCUUGGGAGUGGUGAUUAGUCCGAAAAAACCCGGAAAAAUAAGAUUAAUCUGGGAUGCCGCGGCUAAAGUCCAGGGUGUCAGCUUUAUCGAUGUUCUGCUGAAGGGACCCGAUCUGCUCGUUUCGUUGGUGGCGGUGAUGCUUCGGUUUCGGGAACGUAGCAUUGCGGUUUGUGGUGACAUAUGCGAAAUGUUCCACCAAAUCCGAAUUCGAGCGGCUGAUAAGCAAUACCAGCGAUUCUUGUGGAGGAGCGAUCCGACAGGAGCCAUCGAAAUAUACAUUAUGGAUGUCGCCACGUUUGGGGCCACCUGCUCACCAUGCUCGGCGCAAUUUAUAAAAAACAAAAAUGCACAAGAACACGCCGCACUGUUUCCAAGAGCCGCCAAAGCUAUCAUUGAAAACCACUAUGUGGAUGAUUUUUUAGAUAGCACCGACACAGUGGAGGAGGCCGCCCAGCUUGUGGAUCAGAUGAAGUCCAUACACGCCGCAGCAGGUUUCGAGAUCCGGAAGUUCAGGUCAAACGCACCGGAAGUCCUCGCAGCAGUCGGAGAAACAGAAGCGUUCUCAGAAAAACCCAUCACAGCUGACAAACAAGGAGAAACCGAGAGAGUACUGGGACUGGUGUGGGACCCAGUCAAAGACAUCUUUACCUUCGACGUAUCCUGCCUGAAAAACCAGCAGCUUCUCAACACAUGUGUGACACCAACGAAGAGACAAGUCCUUCAACUACUCAUGCGGAAAUUUGGAGGAGCGGAACGAAUUGGGAUGAUCCGAUCGCCGAUAAUGUUGGAUAUGUGGUAUCGCUGGUUAGAACUACUGGCACUUAUCGGAGACGUGAAGGUGCCACGAUGUUAUUUCAGAGAUCUGCCGUCCAACUCACUGUGCGAACUGCAGGUCCAUGUGUUUGUGGAUGCAGGGGAAUCUGCCUACGCAUGCGUUGGGUACGUGAGAAUGGACUGCUCCGGAGAAACACGAUGUUCGCUUGUGGCUUCCAAAACAAAAGUAGCCCCACUGAAACCUCUAUCGGUCCCCCGAUUGGAGCUACAGGCGGCUAUGAUCGGGGCCCGUCUAAUGCAAACAAUCUGCUCCUCCUUGACGCUUCCGAUUAGCAGACGGUAUCUGUGGACGGAUUCCUCCACUGUGCUGGCUUGGCUUCGCUCGGACAGUCGUCGAUACCACCAGUUUGUCGGGUUUCGUGUUGGAGAAAUACUCUCCCUUAGCAGCAUCGAAGAAUGGCGGUACGUACCUUCAAGUCAGAAUCCCGCCGACGAAGCCACAAAGUGGGUGUCCGGACCCACCUUCGAUCAACACAACCGCUGGUUUUCCGGCCCGGAUUUUCUUGCCAACAGCGAUGGGGAAUGGCCUAUCGAAACAUCGAAUUCCCGGCAAAACACCACCAGUGAAGAACUGCGUCCUAUACUUCUGCACAGUUGUAACGUGACGGUGAACGUUGUUGAUGUAAACCGUUUCUCAAAUUGGAAUCGGCUGGUACGUGCUACUGCUUAUGUUCUCCGGGCGAUUCGUAUUAUGCGAAGAAAGAUUCCAAACGGGAAAGGAGAAUCUUUGCUGCAGAGCAGGGAAAUCCAGGAAGCAGAAUCCAUUCUGUGGCGGCAAGCACAGAGCCAGGCGUACCCCGAUGAAAUUGCCGCCUUGAUGAACCACGGAACGAUUGCCAAAACCAGUCCACUCUUUCGGUUGAGCCCUUUCCUGGACGAAGACGGAAUUGUCCGGAUGGGUAGCCGAAUCGCAGCUGCACCCGAAGCGUCUUACUCUACAAAAUACCCUGUAAUCUUGCCAAAACAACACUCUAUCACUGUGCUUAUCACCGACUGUUUCCAUCGACGUCUGCUGCAUGGAAACAACGAAACGGUGCAUAACGAAAUGAGACAGAUGUUCUAUGUAGCUGGGUUACGCAAUCUGAUCAAGAAGGUAUCACGAAACUGUCAGUUGUGCAAGGUGAAAAACGCUGCUCCAAGACCUCCUAUGAUGGCUCCACUUCCUAAGAUCCGGCUUACACCGUUCGUACGCGCAUUCACAUUUGUUGGUGUGGACUAUUUCGGUCCACUAGAGGUAAAGGUAGGGCGCAGUGUGGUCAAGCGCUGGGUGUCGCUAUUCACCUGUCUCACGCAUUUAGAAGAUUCAUUGCGCGGCGAGGUGCACCACGUGAAGUGUAUUCUGAUAAUGGCACCAAUUUUGUAG